AGCCGGCUGCGUCCACCACGUGACCACGCAGGCUGCGCGCGCCUGGCGGUUCUCGCGGGAAGAGCCUGAGCUCGCUCCGCGUCCUUCCGAGCGCGAGGGCUCGAGGGGGCGGGGCUGGUCCUCCCCGCGCGGGCGGCACGCGGGUGCCGUCGCAGGGCACCGAGAGGCCGGCUCAUUUCCCCAUGUCACGCCGCGGGCGCCAGCGCAGCCCCAGGUGCCGUCCAGGUGGUCUGAGCGCCAGGGCAAGAGCUAUGGUGCCCCGUCUGGCCUCCAGGUGGCCUGUGUGGCUCUUCCAGUGGCGGGCAGCCUGCACUCCUGGAGCCUUCGUGCAGCAGAGGACAUGGGCAGGGGCAUCCAGAACCCCCUCGUGGGGCAGACUUCGUGGGGUGGCAAGCAUUAGCCCCCUGGUCCGCAGAGGCAGCUCCUCCACGUCCUCCCAAGCCCCCGAGGUGGUGCUGACCUGCGAGCGCUACCCUGUGCGGCGGCUGCCCUUCUCCACGGUGUCUGAGGAAGACCUGGCCGCCUUUGAGCGCAUCGUCCCCAGGAGGGUCAUCACAGACCCAGAGGAGCUGGCGGCUUCGAAUGUGGACUGGCUGAGAACCAUGCGCGGCUGCAGCAAGGUGCUGCUGAAGCCCCGGACAUCGGAGGAGGUGUCUCACAUCCUCAGGUACUGUCAUGAGAAGAACCUGGCCGUGAACACCCAAGGGGGCAACACAGGCCUGGUGGGGGGCAGUGUCCCUGUCUUUGAUGAGAUCAUCCUGUCUACUGCCCUCAUGAACCAGGUCAUCAGCUUUCAGGACAUAUCUGGGAUCCUGGUUUGCCAGGCUGGGUGCAUUUUGGAGGAGCUGAACCGGUACGUGGAGGAGCGGGACUUCAUCAUGCCCCUGGAUCUGGGAGCGAAGGGCAGCUGCCACAUCGGGGGUAACCUGGCAACCAACGCAGGUGGUCUGCGGUUUCUGAGAUAUGGUUCUCUGCGUGGGACUGUCCUGGGCCUGGAAGUGGUGCUUGCUGAUGGCACCAUCCUGAACUGCCUCACCUCCCUGCGGAAGGACAACACAGGCUAUGACCUGAAGCAGCUCUUCAUCGGGUCAGAGGGCACCCUGGGGGUCAUUACUGCCGUGUCCAUCUUGUGUCCACCCAAGCCCAGGGCUGUGAACGUGGCUUUCCUUGGUUGCCCAGGCUUUGCUGAGGUUUUGCAGACUUUCAGCACUUGCAAGAGGAUGCUGGGGGAGAUCCUGUCGGCGUACGAGUUCAUGGAUGCUGAAUGCAUGCAGCUGGUCAGGCAGCACCUCCACCUCACCAGCCCAGUGCAAGAAAGUCCGUUCUAUGUCUUGGUCGAGACCUCAGGCUCCAGAAUGGAGCACGAUGACGAGAAGCUGAGCAGCUUCCUGGAAUAUGCGUUGGGCUCCGGCCUGGUGACUGACGGGACCCUGGCCACCGAUCAGAGGAAAAUCAAGAUGCUGUGGGCCCUUCGGGAGAGGAUCACGGAGGCGCUGGGACGGGACGGUUAUGUGUACAAGUAUGACGUUUCUUUGCCCGUGGACAGGCUCUACGACCUUGUGACCGACAUGCGUGCUCGCCUUGGCUCAAAGGCCAAGCACGUGGUGGGCUAUGGCCACCUGGGGGAUGGCAACCUGCACCUCAAUGUAACAGCAGAGGCCUUCAGCCCAUCGCUGCUGGGUGACCUGGAGCCCUACGUGUACGAGUGGACAGCGGGACAGCGGGGCAGCGUCAGUGCAGAGCACGGUGUCGGCUUCAAGAAGCAGAGUGUCCUUGGCUACAGCAAGCCGCCUGAGGCCCUGCAGCUCAUGCAGCAGCUCAAGGCUCUCCUGGAUCCACAGGGCAUCCUGAACCCCUACAAGACGUUGCCCACCCGGGCCUGACGAGGCAUCGGGAUCAGCAGGAGUGGCCUUGGUCCAGUCCUAGUUUUGCUCAUUGGGAUGGGUGCGCAGGACUGGCGUGGGAUCAGGCCUCCAUCCCAUGGAGCUCCCUGGGCGGAGGGGCUGGAGCUGGCUCUGAGGAUCUGGGACUCACUCUAGGACAGGAUUCCUCCAGUGGCUCCACAGGUUACGUUGUGUGAGCAGAGAGGAGAGAGCGGCUUCAUGCUGCCCUGGUCACUCUGCCUGGCCUAUAAGUCGACACCUCAUGUCCUUGCACAGGUGGGGAGUGGGGUCUCCUGCCAGCACGUCCUGGAUGGGCCGGUGUAUGAACGGUUCUGCCCACUCAGAAAUAGACCAGGUGGCACCAGCCUUGCUUGAGAGCUGAAGUCCUGGGAGGAGCAUUGUGGUCCUGCCCCCCUUAUUCCCCGACCCCUGGCCCAAGCUAUGCAAGCCACGCGGUCGGGGCAGUGGUGAUCAACUCCGUGUGAACAGCCCAGAGCACCAUCCCUCCAGGGCCCUGACCACCAGAGCCUGGCUCAGCAGGUGCUUUACCGGGACGUCGAAUGGGUGACUGCUGAGCCCUGGAAUGUAUCCUUUCCCUCAACAGUUGUCAGGAGCUCAGGCGUUCAUUUCUCACACCUGGUGGUCUUCUGUGAUGAGUCCGCGCAGAUGGGCCAUGCUGCUAGGAAGCCCCCUCGGGCACACGUACUGGUGCAUGCCACUACACACAGCCCUGUUGUCUCUGCUGACCUGUGGGCCCGGGCAGCUGCUGGGGCAGUGGAGACGGUCUAGGAAGUGGGGCACGUUUUCUCCUGGCUGUUGUGAACUUCCAGUGAAAACAGAAUUAUUCAGG